UUUCCACUUUGGAUUUCGGUGCUAGAUUUAAAUCAUGGGGAUCAAGGCGGCUCUGCCUAAGGCUGAGCUCUACCUCUACACUGCUGUCCUCUCUCUGGCUAUCCUGUGGGCAGGAAGUUGGAUCAUCGAGGCAUCCAGCGAGAAUGUUAACCGAAAGGCCUUUAAGGGGAGUGUGAAACCAGGAUGGCACUACUUUGGCAGAAAAAUGGACGUGGCUGACUUUGAGUGGGCGAUGUGGUUCACCACGUUUCGCAACCACAUCUUGUUCGCCCUCUCUGGUCAUGUGAUCUUCGCCAAAAUCUGCUCCAUGAUUUCUCCCAAGCACAGGUCUCUGAUCUACAUGUUGUAUGGCUUCGUGACCGUGCUCGUCAUCAUGGGCUGGACAUACGUCUCUCUCAUCCUGUCUCACUGCAUCCUCCUCUACAGUGUAGCCCUCGUAAAGAGGAAGUGGUUCUGCUUCCUGGCUGGACUCACCAGCUUGGCCACCUUCAAGAUGGAACCCUUCAACUCUUGGCAGGCUGGGUUCGUCACCAGUACCUUCGACCUUCAGGAUAUCCUGUUCUACGGAGGCUGUGGGUUCUCCAUCAUGCGCUGCAUGAGUUUCGCGUUGGAGAACUGCGAGAAGAAGGACGGCCAUUACAGCUUCAUGGAUUUGAUCAAGUACAACUUCUACCUCCCUUUCUUCUUCUUCGGACCCAUCAUGACGUUUGAUCGAUUCCACGUGCAGGCCAACAACCCAAACCUGAUGCGUAAAAAUCGAGAGAUGUGGAACAUCACCAUCCAGGCUUUGGUGCACCUUGGAGCCGUUUUGGUGGUGGAUGUGUUCUUCCAUUACCUGUAUAUUUUGACUAUCCCGAAUGACAUGAAGCUGGUGAAAGACUUGCCUGAUUGGUCAUUAGCUGGUUUGGCGUACUCAAACCUGGUGUACGACUGGGUGAAAUCAGCCGUCAUGUUCGGCGUUAUCAACACAGUGUCUCGCCUAGACCAUCUGGACCCUCCCCAGCCCCCUAAGUGUAUCACCAUGCUGUACGUCUUCGCGGAAACGCACUUUGACAGAGGCAUCAACGACUGGCUAUGCAAGUAUGUCUAUGACUACAUUGGCGGAAAUCAUGACAGAAUCUUCAAGGAGCUGGUCGCUACAAUCUGCACCUUUGUUAUCACUACUUUGUGGCUCGGACCUUGUGAACUGGUGUACAUUUGGUCCUUCUUCAACUGCUUCGGCCUGAACUUCGAGCUGUGGGUGGCUAAGCUCUUCUCCUUGCCCCCUUUGUCUACCAUUGAGGGUCUUAUGUCUGAGGCAAUGUCCCGGCGUAUCAGAGGGCUGUUCAAUGCUGUUAACUUCUGGCAAAUCGUCCUGUAUAACGUCCUCGCACUAAACAGCCUGGAGUUUGCUAAGUUGGUGGCCAAGAGACUGUUGUUUAAGGGCUUCCCUGUGUCCACUCUCUCGGUGCUGUUAGUGACCUACUGCGGAGUACAGCUGGUGAAGGAGCGCGAGCGGAAACACGCCCUGCUCGAAGAACCCGAGCCGAGCAAACCCAAAUCCGAUUAGACGAGCAGACAGCGCCGUUUUUGCCGAGUCCGAGCUUCUCAUACCAACCCAAGCAGUACCCGUCGCCGUGGUUACUGCUCGAAACAAGCCUGUUUAAUAAGCACAGGGCGUUUUUUAACUGUGAAAAGGCCUCAAGUGCACUUGUUGUAUACUUUUGAAAUCUUUUUUCAGAGACUGCCACAUAAGAACCAAGUGCAUUUUUUUUAUUCAUUUUAUUUAAAUCUAUUAUGGAUUGUCUGGAGAAUGGGCUUGCCAAAUAUUUAAUGCAGAUAUAAUAUAUUGAACAAUUAAAGAUGAGAAAGUCUUUAA